AUGGGUGGGUGGGUAUCGCCCCGCGGCGCUGCCGAGGUCGCCGGGGCCAGGCUGGGUAGAGCAGCGGGAGUUGGUUUCGUUUUGUGCCGCCGCAGAUACAAGGGCGAAGGCAUCCUGCCCGCCCGGCCGCAGGAUGUCUGGGAGUGCAUCAGGCCGGUGGCCGGAGGGCUCAGGACCAAGUGGGACCAAAACGUGAAGGACUUCGAGGUGAUCGAAGCCGUCAGUGAUACUGUCUCUGUAUGCAGGACCACAACCCCUUCAGCUUUUAUGAAGAUUAUUUCACCAAGAGAAUUUGUGGAUGUGGUAGCAAUGAAGCAAUUUGAAGAUGGGACGAUGCUAUCUGCUGCCACCAAUGUGGAACACCCACUGUGUCCUCCGCAACCAAAUUUCGUGAGAGGUUUUAAUUAUCCCUGUGGCUGUUUCUGUAUACCUGUCCCAGGGGAGCCAGACAGGACUCAGCUCCUCACUUUCUUUCAGACAGAUCUUGGUGGCUAUCUUCCCCAGACAGUGGUGGAUUCCUUCUUUCCAGCUAGCAUAUCUGGAUUUUACAGUAACUUGACCAAAGCUGUUAAGGCAUUAAAAGCAUGACAAGAUGAGUUGCUGACAUCACCAGCUGAGGACAGGAAAACACGUGGCAGCUUGAGGGUAAAAAUGGGA